CUGUCAGGUGAUCAGCUGUGUCCAAUCACAGCUGAUCACUGAUCACCAGGGCACUGAUGAUCAGUGUGCCCUGAUGAUCAGUGUAGCCCCAUCAGUGCCACCUGUCAGUGUCCAUCAAUGUCACCUGUCAGUGCCCAUCAAUGCUAUCUGCCAGUGGCCAUCAGUGCCACAUCAAUGCCACAUAUCAGUGCCCAUCUGAGCUGCCUUUCAGUGCCACCUAUCAAUACCAGUCAAUGCCACCUAUCAAUGCCAGUCAGUGCUGCCUAUCAGUGCUGCCAAUCAGUGCCACCUAUCAAU